AUCCCCUCCAGCCGUCGGUCGUGUUGUCCCUCACUGGUGGUGGACCGUGCCUCGUCUUGUUGUCUUGUUCCAGUGAAACAAGACAAGGAAGCGGCGGCGGGCAGCUCAGACAGCCAGCAGUCGGGACCAGUCACCGUGAGUCUCCGUUAGUGUUUGAGCGGACAGUUGAAGAUGGAGCCGCUGGUAGCUGCGAUCGACCAGGGGACGAGCUCCACCAGGUUCCUGGUCUUCAAUGCAAAAACGGCUGAACUGAUCUGUCACCAUCAAGUGGAGAUCAACCAGAGUUUCCCCAAGGAAGGCUGGGUGGAGGAGGACCCCAGGGAGAUAAUGCAAUCUGUCUAUGAGUGCAUGGAGAGGACCUGCGAGAAACUCUGUCAACUCAACAUCAACGUCUCCAACAUAAAAGCGGUGGGUGUGACCAAUCAGAGAGAGACAACCCUAGUUUGGGACAAAGAGACUGGCGAGCCACUCUACAAUGCCAUUGUUUGGCUGGAUCUGCGAACACAGUCAACAGUGGAGAGGCUCAUCAACAAAGCUCCAGGCCAAAACAAGAACCAUCUAAAGCACAAGACAGGCCUUCCAAUCAGCACCUACUUCAGUGCGUUAAAACUGCGUUGGCUGCUGGACAAUGUGGCUGAAAUCCAAGAUGCAGUGCUGGAUGGUCGCGCCAUGUUUGGCACAGUGGACUCAUGGAUCAUCUGGUGUUUGACGGGGGGCAGGAAUGGAGGAGUCCACUGUACGGAUGUGUCUAAUGCCAGUCGCACCAUGCUGUUCAACAUUCACUCAAUGAACUGGGAUCCUGAGCUCUGCAGAUAUUUUGAUGUCCCAAUGGAAAUCCUGCCCAAAGUCCGAAGCUCCUCUGAAAUCUACGGCUGCAUAAAAUCCGGCUCUCUCGCAGGAGUUCCAAUCUCAGGGUGUCUAGGUGACCAGUCAGCUGCCCUGGUUGGUCAGAUGUGCUUCAAGGAAGGCCAGGCCAAAAACACGUAUGGGACUGGUUGCUUCCUGCUCAGAAAUACAGGAACCAAGCCUGUGAUGUCAGAACACGGCCUGCUCACCACAGUUGCCUACCAAAUGGGAAAAGAUGAGCCUGCCUGCUAUGCACUCGAGGGUUCAGUGGCCAUUGCAGGGGAAGUGGUACGGUGGCUGAAGGACAACAUGGGCAUUGUGCAGUCUUCCUCAGAGAUCGAGAAGCUGGCUGCUGCAGCAGGCUCAUCUUACGGCUGCUACUUUGUGCCUGCGUUCUCUGGCCUCUAUGCUCCUUACUGGGAGCCCAGUGCAAGAGGCAUCAUCUGUGGGCUCACACAGUUUACCAACAGAAACCACUUGGCGUUUGCUGCUCUGGAGGCCGUCUGCUUCCAGACCAGAGAGAUCCUUGAUGCGAUGAACCAGGACAGUGGCGUCCCUCUGACUCAGCUGCAGGUGGAUGGAGGGAUGACGUCCAACAGGCUGCUGAUGCAGCUGCAGGCCGACAUCCUCUGCAUGCCCGUAGUGCGACCCACCAUGUCGGAGACCACAGCUCUGGGUGCAGCCAUGGCAGCGGGGGCAGCAGAAGGGGUGCAGGUGUGGACCCUGAGCCCUGAUCAGCUCCCAAAUGUCACAUCUGAGAAAUAUGAACCACAAAUCCACUCUGAUGAGAGCGAGUUCCGUUUUGGUCGCUGGAAGAAGGCUGUCCAGAAGGCCAUGAACUGGGAGACCGCCGAGUCUUGCUGCAAUGGAAACGGUUUAGGAAAGAAGGCGACCGGCGGCCCCUGGGGUGUUUCUCCCACCCCUCCCCCCACCAGAGUGGACCACUAAGAUCACAAGCAGUAGUCUAACUGUGAAUAUGGACGACUGCUGUGGAGCAACACUGGAAAAGGAAACAAGCUCACAGUGAACACAGGAAUGAGGACUGUUUGAUGCCACGUUCAGCCUCCGAGAUAUUGUAUCUUAACCUCAAGUGCCAGCUGAAAUUGAAGAGUGACACAACCUGUGGGCCGUUCUGAGAUUCUUGUUCCUUUUCUGAAGAAAGGGAAGUAAUUUUUAAAGCAUCCAGUAGAAACUCUGCCUUCAACUCACUGAACUUGUACAGUAGCGCACAGGGCAAAUCUGAUGUCCACAGUCUAAAGAGUUGCACUACUGUACUGUGUAACCAACGCAGAAACACUACACACCCACUUGCUCUGUACGUAGCGUUGUUGUUUGUAUUUUCUUCUUUGAGAUCUAAAACCAGCACUUGCCUGAUGUUACACAUGUUGAGUGUGUAGGACUAAAUUAGUUCUUUAACAUGGUUACUUCUCUUUGACCUACUUUAAAAAGUGGGCCUUUCCCCUUGGUGUAGCGACUGUGGAAUGAGAAACACCGUCCAUAGAGGUGUAAGGAAAUAUAAAUAUAUUUUUCAAAUGGGAACUGAAUCACUGGAUCUUUUUGCAAUGAGCCUAAAAUUAUUUUGAUUGUGUAGAAAGAAAUACAAACUGAAACCUGAUUCUUUGCAGGCUCUCAAUAGCACUUUAUAAUUUAUCCUGUGUGGGGAGAUUAAAUAUUGGAGCCUUACUGGUUUCUUUAAGAGGAAUCGUUAUUUCAAUGAAGGGAUUAAAAAAAACAAGACUAAUUUAUGUUUCAUACUUUUUAACAUCUGAGCCAUAAUCAACAAUGAAAAUGUAAACUUUAAUACGGAGUGAAGAUCCCUUUAGAUGAAGUUCAUUUUUACUUUUUAAAGAGCAUGUGGUCAAUUUUGGUCCUGACUGAAGUGUCAUUUAAAGCUCAACGCUGUGUUCAGCUUUGUAUAAUGUAUGUAAAAUUGCCCAAAUCCGACCGCUUAUAUUCUCUAAUUGCUGCCGAUGCACUGCAGCAAUGUAUACAUGUUGUAAUCAAUAGUCAAAAUCAGACUUGUACAAUAAAAAUGACUACAUAAUCA